AUGGCUAGAAUUAGCUAUGUUUCGCCGUACUUUAUGCCGCUCGUGUGUUCGAGCAAGCCCUGGGUGAGUGCCAUUGUGUUUCUCAACCUCGUUGUCCUGUUUGUCGCCGCUUUCAGUCUUUCACAACUCCUAAUCUCGCAAUAUGACGAUGAUGCCAUGUUCAGGCCGGUGGGCCAGGACUACUUCCGGACCUCGCUCCUGGGCUUCUUCUCGCCCCUGGCACUGUAUUUCGUUCGAGACUUCGUUCUGAUGGUGAGCCCGCGUUUCGUUCUCUUCAACCUAUUUGUGGACUUCCCACUCAAUGAUUGGCUCUACUUGCUGAUCAUCUUCUGCCUGGCCUACCCACAGGCGCAGGAGACGCAUGCGCGAAGCUCCCUCGACGAUACUUUUUGGCAUAUAAUACCGCGACAGUCCUGUAUUUUUGGCAUCUCGUGGGCCUUGUCCGAGUUCAUGGUGUGCCUUGUCGAAAACUUCUACAGCUACGAGGAGGUGCCGUCGCCAGAGUCUGCCAAGAGGCAGCUAGAGAGCAAGAUGAUGCAGGACGAGCAGGACCUCGCCCGAAGCAACAUCACAUUGUCCAAAUGCAUCGACGUGAAGCGUCGCACCUCUCACAUCUCGGAGAACGUCUACUGCCAUGAGAACAGCCAGCCCCCUCAGGGCGCGCAGUCGCCUAACAGCGCGGCUGCGGAGGGCGCUUCUGCCGACACCGUCUUUGUGAGCUUCAGCGAUAGCUCCAUCUCCCUACUACGCGACCCGGAGCAGGGGCCUCAUCCUAGGUCUCGCAAUGACCGUAAGCGGCCCGGGCUGUACGGCGGCACCGUGACCUAUUUUCCAGAAGUCGUUUCCAUUAGAAAGUUUCUGAAGGACAUUCUCGUUCUAAACUUGCUUGUCGCAGACAGCAUCCUGCUCGCGGUCGGUCACGCCCUGCUUAUCUCGAUGUACUUCAUCUACGUCCCGGGUCACAACCGCCUGUUCACGUCCGCGGUUAUCUACUUCGGGUCCCGCCCAUUUGGGUUCUUCGUGCUAAGCCUGGUCCUGCCCCUGUCGGUCUUCAGCUUCAUUGCAAGCGUGUUUCUCUUCUUAUGGAGUGACGAGGACGGCGAAGACUACAAAAAUACUCGAAAACUGACAAGCUCUGACCUGCAUGCGCAUACCUCCAAUCCUCAGAGCCUCCAGUACAUCACCUCGAACCAGCUUUUUGUGGUGAACUCCAUCUACACCCAAGACAUUUCAGGAUCCGAGGGAGACAAUGAGCUGGGGAUUUUACGUUUUUUCCGGGCCCUGAUGACUACAUGGCGGUCCUUAGCAUCCCACCAAAGCUUUCCUAUAGCCGGAAUUACCGUGUGGGCCUUCGCGAUUUUUGUGGGGGGCAUCGUUGCCACCAUUGAACAGUGA